AUGGCAUACUCUGGGACAGUGCCUUUCUCACACAACAAAUUUCAUGAAGGACAGGCUGGAAACCAAGCAUCUUACCCAAUGUACCAUUCCAGUUCUGCUGGAGAAGUCUGUCUAGUAUUCAACCAAAUAGUUGCUGAAGUCAUCAAUGAUUUUUUAAUUUUUUAUGAUUCAUCACAUUCACACCAUCACAAAGAAAUUUUUUUCCCACCAGAUGUCUUUGGUCUGAAUGUGCCUGACCAGCAGUUUAAUGGUCAGCCUCUAGUUGCUUAUGGUGAAAUUUAUCCUGAAAAUUCCAUCUCUCACUGGCAACAAGGCACAGUGUCACCAAUGGUUGGCUUCAUAUAUUCUUUACUGUCUGAUUACAGAAAGUUCUCUCUGGCAGAUCCCUACAGUCAAGAGAGAGAACUCUACGGAGGAAACAGUGUUAGUCCAGUCAUAAAUGCAUUUGAUUCAAAUGUGGAAAGAAGCAAUGCAAAUCUGAGUUUUCAAAUAGGAUUUGACAAUAUACAUGCUCAAUGUCCCAUUUUCUUAGACAACUAUCCGUCUGGACAAGCUGUGAGAGAUGGAAGUGGAAAUGGGGAAGCUUUUUUAACUGACACUUCCAGAAGAUGUGACAUAGGACCUACCUGGCCCAGCAGCUCUGGACAUGACAGAGAGGGUACAGGUUGGUCUAUCCAUCUGGUUGAAGCAAAUCAAGGAAGUAAUGAAAACACUUGCUUUUUGGAGAAAAUAAGAAAUGCCUAUCCUGCUUUUGACUUGAAGACAAACACUGGGAAAAUCUGGAGUGUCUCAACAAGGUUCCCAGACCAUACCCUUGAUGAAUCAAAAAUUAGAAUCAGCAUUUGGACAGAUUCUUCACCAUAUCCUCUGCUUCUUACUCAACAUGCUGGCUGUAUCACUCAUGAUUUAAUUGUAAAGAUCCUCCAUUGCACAAAUAGAUAUCCAGUCCAGGAGGAAUGACUUCUAGGUCCAGGAAUGCCCCUCAAAUUCAACUGUAGGCAGAGCGACAGAUUUUGUGUUGAAGCAGCUAAAGUGCAGGCUCUAAGCGGUGCUGGAGGGACGGUGACUUUCAGCAGAAGGAGAAAAGUUGGCAGUUUUCUGUGUAAUCAUACUUUGGGCAGCCUUGAAAGUCUUCACAAGGCAACCACCUGCAUUCAGCUUCAACUACACAACACUAGUAAUUUGAAGCAAAGUUUGGCUCGAAAGCAUGAGGAUGACCAAAGAUGGUUUAGUGAUCAACUGUUAGAAGACACUUGUGCCUGGAGAUGGACUUGACAGAACCUUGUCUCAGUUAUUAUGAAAUCUAGAGGUCAAUUGGAAUAUUUAUUACAAAAUGAGAUCUCUUUUCUUAAGCAUAAAGUUGAUAAUGUGAUUGAAGUAGCUAAAAUAAUCUGCAGUGUCCUCUCUUUUGUGGAAACCAGAGACAUUACUGAUGCAGUCAAGAAACUCUAUGCAAUGCCAUUGGUGAAAGAACAGAAUUCACUUCAAAGUGUGGAAAUUGUGGAAACACCAGACAAAGAGGCUGCUGUGACUGAGUUCUCCAUGGCGAUCUCUAGUCUCAUCUAUGUUUACAGCACCAGCAUUGAUGUAAAUUUCCAGUUUGCCCGCAUACCUAAAAGCCCUUCAUGUGCAGACAUCAGCCUAGAUUCCCAGCUCAGCUUCACUAUUUAUGCUGCCCAUAAUAUCCCAGAAGCCUGGGUGAACAGCUACAAAGUUUUCUCUUUCUCCUGUUCACUACCUUGUCCUGGCAAGACAAUAUGUCAAGUGAAAAUCUGCAAAAAUAUACUGGAUAAAAGAUCCAUUUUUUUCCUGGCUGACUGGAACAAGAACUAAAUUUUGAAUCAACUUUCCUGUAUGAAUACUCUUCCGAGGGAAACUAUACUGACAAUAAAACUACUUGUAGUAAACAGUGCUUCUAAAGAUACAGAAGUGUUUGCUUGGACCUGCUCCCCAUUGUAUCCAAAAAAGUGGCUCAUUCAUGGAACUGUGCUGCCUAGCAUGACAUUGUACACACUUACAACAGCAAUGAUUACCCCGGGCAUCUGCAGUACUGAUACACCAACCUCAGUAACAUUGCAGAUUGACUUUCCACAAACUAAUCUGGAGUUCAUUAAACCUGAACCUGACAAAAGAAGGGGUGAUCCUGAAGAGCCAACCAAAGACUGCCUGAAGCAUAUUGCAAGACUUUCACAAUUUCAAACUGAAUUUCUGAUCUCUUCCAGGCUCUCUGAGUCUCUUUACUACUGCAAUAAUCAAAAUUGUUCCCUUCCUCUGAUACUGGGCAGUGCACAGUGCACAAAAAUGUAUGCCAUGUUGAGGAGAUGAAGAUUUUCUAACCUGCUGGAGGUGCUUGGGCUUCUGACUUCCAGUUUUCCAGAUCAAGAUAUUCACAGAACAGCAGUCCAACAAAUAGAAAAUAUGUCCAAUGAUGAAUUGUUAGAAUUCCCACAGCUGGUUCAGGUACUCAAGUUUGAGUGGAGUCUUGAAAGCCCUCUAGUGAAACUCCUGAUGAAUUGUUCUCUUCAGAACAUCCAAGCAGCCCAUUAACUUUACUGGCUGUUGAGGAAUGCACAGAAUGAAGUUAAUUUCAAAAUCUGGUGUCAGAAACUACUGGCUGCUCUCCAAUUCUGUGCUGGAAAAACCCUGAACAAUGAGUUUUCUAAGGAGGAGAAAGCUGCAAGUGAGGUGUUAAAGAUGGAGCUCAAUAGGCUUCAGUUCUUCCCGGAGGCAAAGGUUUGUCAGCUUCCUCUGAAUCCUGCACUUGUUGUCCAAGUCAUAGAGGCAGACUCAUGUUCAUAUUUUAUGUCCAAUGCUCUUCCAUUAAAAAUCUCCUUCAUCAAUGCAAAUGCUCCAAGUGGAAACAUCAAUGUUAUUUUUAAGGUAGGCAAUGAUCUAUGUCAAGACAUGCUGGUUCUGCAAAUUAUUUGAAUGAUGGACAGCAUUUGACUCCAAAAGGGAUUGCAAAUGCAAAUGUUCAUUUAUAUAUCUAAAGGAAAAGGCCAAGGAUUGGUACAGAUGGUGCCAGAUGCUACCACGCUAGUGAAGAUCCACAGGGAGUCUGGACUGAUAGGACCAUUGAAAGAAAAUACAAUUAAAAAAUGGUUCCAUCAUCAUCAUCCUCUGGAAUCAAGUUACCGAGAGCUAACAUUAAGGAAUUUCUUUUAUUUGUGCACUGUCUGGUAUGUUGUUACCUUCAUUCUGGGAGUUGAUCGACACAGUGACAAUGUAAUGCUGACAAAUGCUGGACACAUGUUCUACAUAAAUUUUGCAAGAUUUUUAGGUCACACACAGACAUUUGGAAGCAUAAGAAUGGAUCGAGCUCCCUUCAUCUUCACAUCAGAGAUGGAGUAUUUCAUCACAGAAGGUGGAAACCCACAGCGUUUUGAAGACUCUGUGGAGCUUUGCUGUCGGGCUUAUAAUACAGUCAUGAAACACAGCUAGAUACUCUUGAACCUGCUGGAAAUGAUGCUGCAUGCAGGAUUGCCUGAGCUAAACAGCAUUCAGGAUCCGAAGUACAUGUAUGAUAACCUCUGUCCUCAGGACUCAGACCUCCAGGCUUCAAGUUACUUUACCAAGAAAAUAAAGGAAAGUUUGGAGUGCUUUCCUGUUAAACUCAAUAAUUUGAUUCACAUGCUUGUACAGAUGUCAGUAGCAGGCUCUGCAAGGCCUCCAGCUCCAGAGACUGUCCCCCAAGAGUGGACAAUGCUGAAUACAGAGAAGUCAAUCACAAGAGCCACCAUUUUGUGGUUCAACAAAAAGUCUGACUCUCUAUAUCUAGUUCAGGUGGUGUAAACCUGCAUUGUGGUCACUUUUGUGGAAAAACCAUUCAACCAGUUCUCAAAACUUCACAGCCAUCUCCAGAAACAAUUUCCAUCACGUGCCCUCCCAGAGUAAGGCAGCAUGUUAGUGAAUGUUAUUCUGUUGUUAAAUGGUUCUCUCUGUGCACAGAUAAAAAUGUUUCCCCACUCAUGGCAUUUACCUUUUACAGAUCUUGAACAUAAAAGAGUGAAGGAUUUGAAUCUCUAUCCGAAGCAGCUAUUAAGUGGAUCCAGGAAACUGUCUAAUAAUGAGCUUGUACUUGGCUUCUUCCUGAAUUGGUGCAAAAAUACCUUGGCAGAAGAUUCAUCAUCUGUGACCUUAGGUCCUCAGUCAACUGAUCAUAAGCCUGGCAUAGCCUAUGAGAACACCCAUCUGACAAUAAUGUUGAAACAUGAGAAACAUUCCUUGCGCCUCCCAGAUGGCUCUGCCCCAAGUGCACACGCUGAAUUCUAUCUUCUGCCAGAUCCUUAUGAGGUCAGUCAAAGGAAAACAAGAACAGCUCUAAAAAGAUCUGACCCUACAUACAAAGAAAUUGUGAAUACCAAUAACGUAUCUGAGCUCAAAGGCUGUAUACUGAAGCUUGUUGUGAAAAGCAAAAGAGCAUUUAUGGGAGGUAACAUUCAGCUAAGCUGUGUCCGGUUAAAUGAAGAAAAGUGGUAUCCACUGGGAAACAGUGUAAUUUAA